AUGCCGACUCGAGUAGACUCACCCAAGGUGGACGCCUCGCCUCUGGGCAAGCCCCUCCACUUCGAGUUCAGCGGCAAGACAGCCCAGAACAGACUGCUCAAAGCCGCCAUGACCGAAAGACUAUCCUCAUGGGAUCCCAAGAACUUCUCAGCCCGCGGCGUCCCUUCAAAGGAGCUGCUAAACGUGUACAAACGAUGGGGCGAAGGAGGAUACGGGCAGAUCUUGACCGGCAAUCUGAUGAUCGCAUACGACCACCUCGAAGCGGCCGGCAACCCAAUUAUUGCGCCCGACAAUGGCUUCGAAGGAGAAAGAUUCGAGGCGUUCAAGCAGCUGGCGACGUUCGCAAAGGCUCACGGUAGUCUUAUCGUCGGCCAAGUCUCCCAUCCGGGACGACAAGUAGCAGACACGAUCCAGAAGCACCCUGUGUCAGCCAGCGACGUGCAGCUUGAAGGGGAGGUCAUCGGCAUGACUUUCGCCAAGCCCAGAGCCGCGACUCAGGACGACAUCGACGACAUCGUCCGCCGCUUCACCCACGCCGCCGAAUACCUCCACAAGGCCGGCUACGACGGCAUUCAGCUUCACGGAGCACAUGGCUAUCUCCUUGCGCAGUUCCUGUCCCCAACAACGAAUCUGCGAACGGACAAGUAUGGCGGGAGCUUGGAGAAUCGGGCUAGAAUAAUCAUCGAAAUCGCACAAUCAAUCCGAUCUCGAGUACCGGCUUCCUCGGGCUUCAUGCUCGGCAUCAAGAUCAACAGCGUCGAGUUCCAGAAGGGCGGUUUCAGCGACGACGAGGCCAAAGAGCUCUGCCAGCUGCUGGAGAAGAACGAAUUUGACUAUGUUGAGCUGUCCGGCGGCACCUACCAGUCUCUCGCCUUCGCACAUAAGCGCGACUCGACCAGAAAGCGGGAAGCGUUCUUUUUGGACUUCGCAGAACGCAUCGUCAAGGGUCUCAACGGCAAGACCAAGACGUACAUUACGGGUGGCUUCAAGUCGACGGAAGCUAUGGUCGCGGCACUUGAUACAGUCGAUGGUGUCGGCAUGGCAAGAGCCGCUUGUCAGGAGCCGCGCAUCGCCAAGGACCUUGUGGAUGGUAAGGUGAGUUCUGUGAUAGAUCAGAAGGUCGAUCAGGACAAUUUCGGUUUGACCAAUGUGAUUGCUGGAUCGCAGAUAAGGCAGGUUGGCAGGGACAAGGAGCCGAUUGAUAUGUCGGUAAAGGAAAAUGUCGACGCCUUCAUGAAAGAUAUGGGGCAGUGGGGUCAGAAGAUGGCUGAAGACGCUGGAAAGCUGAACGUGUACGGAUACGUGGAUAUCGAAUCUGUAAAGGCUGAUGCAUAUGGGACGACUGCUUGA